AUGAAGAAAAUGAAAACUGAUGAUGAAGAAACAAUGCAAGAUAAUCAAGAUGAAAAUGAUCAAACAAAUACAUCAAAAAUCACUAUUAAAGAAGAUGUCAUUGAUGAUGAUGUACCAGCAUUGGAUAUAUCUAAAGAAGAAAUGAAUAAUGAUGAUGAACAAGAAGUACCUGGCAAUGAUGAAGAUAACAUUGAUGAACCACCAAGUAAAAAAGCAAAGAAAAUCAAUACGAAAACUACUCUUAUGGAUAAUAUGACAUACAAUGAACGAUUUGGUGUAUGUAUAUAA